CGUCGUUCCUUCUUCUACCUUUAAAUGCCGACGUCGAGCGUACAGAUUUGCCGUCGCAAAAGCUGCACGCGUCUUGACUUGGAGUGGAGCUGCGGUCUGCCACACGAGGCCAUGGACAUCAACAACGUUUUAAUCGAAGAUCUGGACAAGUACAUUGAGUCACAUAACAAGGAGCAGGAGGUCGUGACCUCCGACACUUGGGGUACGGACAUCACCAUUUCUAGCUCGGACAACCUCGCGCCCUCGUCCGAGUUCGACGAUGCUCCGUUUUUCGUGCACUCGCGCGGGAUCCGCAAAAUGUGGGCCGAGCCGGACGCUAGGGAUGUCUUGGUGCGCGGCAAGACGUAUAUGGACGACCAGGUCAAAGUACCGGCCGGUAAAGCCAUCGGCAAGCUACUACACGUUGAUCUGUGGAAGUUCGAGACUGCUGAAGAGCGUCACCACCUCGCUAUGAAGGAAGAGACACGCCCUAACAGCGUACUCGCUUACUGCCGCGAGAAGUUCCCUGACUCUCGUGUCUUCAUUGUCAGUAUCGAACUACCCAACGCAGAUAAUCUAAGUCUUGUGAUGUACUGGCUCAUACCGCCAGCACCAAAGAACCCGGAGGAGGACGACACAGCAGCUUUCCACCGUCUGUUCAACAGAUUCUGCGACGAAGGAGACGACGACUUCCGGAACAACCGCUUUAAGCUCAUCCCGAACCUUGUAGAGGGUCCGUGGAUCUUACAGACACUCGUGCCUAAUCGUCCUGCACUCACUGGCAACAAACUGACGCAACGCUACUUCUGUCGCAGCAACUACUUCGAACUGGACUUGGAUGUAGCCUCCAGUACAGCGGCACAAUACAUUGGAUCCAUGUGUCAGAGCUGGGCGAGCUAUCUGCAAAUGCAUCUCUAUUUGACUCUUCAAGGCGACAACGAAGAUGAACUCCAGGAACGGGUUCUCGGUGGCGUCGACGUCUCGUAUUUAAAUCUCGAGCUCGCGACGGAAUUCAGUUAG